GAACAUUUAACUCCAAAAGCGGUUGGUUUGUAUCUGCAAGAUUAACUCUUUUAGAGGACCAAUAUUACUCGUCUAAGCAUUCAAUUAGUUAACUUGAAAGGGAAUGUUAAGAAAAUGCUAUGCGAAUGGCUUACGGGCUCUUAAACUUGGAAAAGUUUCCUAUAUUCAGGAUUCAAAGUUUACAUGUGCAUCUUGUAUUGCCUACCUCCAAGGCCAGCGCCGUCAGUUUUUAGCCGAACCAAAGUUAAGAUUCCCAUCAUCUCAGAUUCAAUUUAUACCAAAAAACACCUUGUCAAGUUCAUCAUCAAACAAAGGUUCACCAGAUGAUGACAGUGGUAAUGAUAGUUUAUCUUCAUCAGAUCCAAAUGAAUCUGAUCCGCCAUCAUCUCCGCCACUUCCUCCUGCACCACCAAUAGCAUUGACUACACAAAAUAUUCCAGAGAAUUUUCCUAUUGUACCAGUGAUUGCAAUAUCCGGUUCACCGUUAUUUCCACAAUUUGUCAAAAUGAUUGAGAUCACUGAUCCACGUCUGGUGAGCUUGAUACGUCGAAAAAUCAAAUUGAAUGCUCCAUAUGCUGGAAUAUUUUUAAAGAAACCAAAUACCGAACAAUCCGAUGUUGCAAAUAGUAUGGAUGAAUUGCAUCGAGUUGGAACAUUUGUACAUAUUCCUGAAUGGGAUGAUUUAGGCUCGAAAAUUCGACUACUUGUCAUCGGACAUCGUCGUAUUGAACUAAUUCGUCCUGUUCCCGAGGAUUCUGUUGAAGAGGAAGUUAGCACACCAGUAAUCGGAAAACGGAAUAGUUUAGUCCGACGAGCUAAACGUGCAGCUGCUAAGAUCACAGAAUCGUUAAAUUCGAAAACAUCAUCGAAUGAUCAAACCCCAUCGCCAUCAGCGUCUUCUAUUGCUGAAAAUGCAACAUUUGUCAAAGAUGAAGAUCAAGUCGACAACAUCAUCAGCGGUAGUACUAGUAGUACUAGUCCUAAGCCGUCGACUACUACUACUAAUUCAGCUAACAUUGACACUGGUAUUUCGUCACCAGUUCUACUUGGUGAAACAAUCAAUCUCUAUCAUGAUCUUUAUGAAAAUACACAAGAAAUUAAAGCGUUAACCGCGGAAAUUGUAAAAACCAUACGUGAUAUCAUUAGCCUUAAUCCUGUAUAUAGAGAAAGUGUGCUUGCAAUGCUUCAUGCUGGACAACGUGUCGCUGAUAAUCCUGUAUACCUCAGCGAUUUAGGAGCUGCAAUGAGUAGUGCAAGUGAUACAGAAGAAUUACAAGCUGUUUUAGAAGAGAUGAAUAUUCAUAAACGUUUACGUUUAUCAUUGAAUUUAAUUAAAAAAGAAUAUGAAUUAGGUCGGCUGCAACAACAAAUUGGUCGUGAAGUUGAAGAAAAAGUUAAACAACAACAUCGUCGUUAUAUGUUAUCGGAACAAUUGAAAAUUAUUAAAAAAGAAUUAGGUUUAGAAAAAGAUGAUAAAGAUGCUAUUGUGGAAAAAUUUCGUUUACGUUUAAAAGAUUUAACUGUUCCACCUAGUGUUAUGGAAGUGAUCGAGGAAGAAUUGAAUAAAUUAAGCGUUUUAGAUAAUCAUGCUUCUGAAUUCAAUGUAACACGUAAUUACUUAGAUUGGUUAACUGCAUUACCUUGGGGUGUGACAAGUGAAGAACAUUUAGAUAUUGCACAAGCAAGAAAAAUUCUCGAUGAAGAUCAUUAUGGCAUGGAUGACGUGAAAAAACGUAUUCUGGAAUUCAUUGCAGUCAGUCAAUUGAAAGGUUCAACACAAGGCAAAAUUUUGUGUUUCUGUGGUCCACCUGGCGUUGGUAAGACCAGUAUAGCAAAUUCAAUAGCUCGUGCGCUAAAUAGAAAAUAUUUUCGUUUCUCUGUUGGUGGAAUGUCUGAUGUCUCAGAAAUUAAAGGUCAUCGACGUACAUAUGUUGGUGCAAUGCCUGGGAAAAUUAUUCAAUGUCUUAAAAAAACUAAAACUGAAAAUCCACUCAUUUUAAUUGAUGAAAUUGAUAAAUUAGGUCGUGGUUGGCAAGGUGAUCCAGCGAGUGCUUUAUUAGAAUUGCUUGAUCCAGAACAAAAUGUUAAUUUUCUUGAUCAUUAUCUUGAUGUUACAGUGGAUUUAAGUCGUGUAUUGUUUAUUACAACAGCUAAUCAGCUAGACACUAUACCAGAGCCAUUAAGAGAUCGGAUGGAAGUGAUUGAAGUAUCCGGUUAUGUGGAAGAAGAGAAAUUAGCUAUUGCAAAACGUUAUCUUCUUCCAUUGGCUACACGAAAUUGUGGUUUGGAUAAUAAUCGUCUCUUAAUUGAUGACAGUGCAAUCAAAUGUUUAAUUAAACAAUAUUGUCGUGAAAGUGGUGUACGUAAUCUGCAAAAACAUAUUGAAAAAGUUGUACGUAAAGUUGCUUAUCAAUUAGUUAAUGCUGAAAAAGAUCCACCCAUAUCAGUGAAUAAUGAUAAUUUAACAACAUAUGUUGGUCAACCAAUUUGGACAUCAGAUCGUUUGUAUGAUUCAUUGACACCACCUGGUGUUGUAAUGGGUUUAGCAUGGACAUCUAUGGGUGGUUCUAUUCUAUACAUUGAAUGUACUAAUAAAAAACCGAAAUAUUUCUCUCCGCCUACCAAUACUACUGAUUCACGUGAUGAUGUUGAUGAUGAUGAUGAUGGUAGUAGUAGUGAUUCAGAGCAAGUAUCAAAUAAAAAAGGCGUUUUACAAGUCACUGGAAGUUUAGGCAAAGUUAUGAAAGAAUCCAUAUCGAUUGCUCAUACAUUUGCUACACAAUUUGCUGCUUCUGGUGCUCCAUGCUCUUUAAAAACUACUGACACUACUACUACUACUACUGAUAAUGUUAGUACUGAUGAACAAUGUAUGCUUAAUCCUGCGGAAUCAUCAAAAGCCGCUUUGUUUCUUGAAGAAUCCGAUAUUCAUUUACAUGUUCCUCAAGGUGCUACACCUAAGGAUGGUCCAUCGGCUGGAGUAACUAUGGUAACUGCAUUGUUAAGUUUAGCAUGCGGUAAACCAGUUCGACCUAAUCUAGCUAUGACUGGUGAAAUUAGUUUAACUGGUAAAGUUCUACCAGUCGGAGGGAUCAAAGAGAAAGUUAUUGCAGCUAAACGUGGUGGUAUCACUACGAUUAUUUUACCAGAAACCAAUCGUAAAGAUUUUGAUGAUUUAGCGCCAUUUAUCAAAGAGAAUUUACAAGUACAUUUUGUGCAACAUUAUAAAGAAAUUUUCCCAAUUGCAUUUUCAUACAUUUAAAAGAAAAACAAUACACAUUCACGUAUUUACACAUCUGCGUUAAGUCUGAAAAAAGAACCAAAUUGAAAAAAAAAACAGUCAUACUGUGAAUUUUUGUUAUUUAAUCAAGAAUAGUGGAGCGUAGAGAAUGAAUGAAUAAUGGUGCAAAACAAUGAAAUAAUUAAUUAAUUUCUAAUUUUGUAUAAAUAAAUAAAAAUUUUUAAUGAAAAUAAA